GGGAAUGGGAAUGGGAAUGGGAAUGGGAAUAGGAAUUGCCCUACUCAUGCAAUUUUGAUAAUCUUUGAAAACAAACUCUGCAAAUCAAUUCCAAAUGGAACUCAAAACUGUGUGAUUAGCUAUACUAAUAUAAAACUUGGCUUUGAGUGAUGGUGAUGAAAGAUAACCACGAACCACGUUCUUCUUAGAAGAACGUGUUACAACGUAUUCGGCUCAGCAGCCGUCAUUAGUUCGGGACCGUAAUGACGAAACCGAAUGACGGCUGCGUAGGAAAUAAUGUUUCCGCAUCAAAUGAAUAAUUGUAAUAAUUAAUAGUUAAGACAUGGUAUUUUGAUAAGUUGUUUAUAAAAUAAUAAUGUAAUAGGAAAUAUAUAUUUGACGUAGGUUUUAGUCGAAGAGGCGAUAAAACCCGAGCUGUGUAUAUUCAUAGAAAAAUCUUUUGACGACAUAUGGAUGAUUCUUAAACAAGAAAAAUCAACAAGUUAAGUAACUAAGGAAACAUGACGAAAAGUUAAGCUCCCCAUCCUACCCCCCUUUGUAUCCCUCCAUGGCCGGUAAUAAAAACGAUGUAUGCGCUUUGUAUUGUCAAUGAACUAAAUGGCCAAAAAUGGAUAAAAAACGCAAAAAGAAAAAAAGUUUGUGAGAAAGGAAAAGACGGGGUAACAGAGUAAAUAUGGUUAUAAAGCUUCAAAACGGUCAAGAAAGUGUUUGUUUGAAUUUCUGUCUAAGCUAUUUGCGACUUGGCUCCUUCUGAUGAUGACUCACUGACGGUUGAAAUACGAUACGCAAAGGUUUGACACAGGUCACGAAUAGCACGCCGAACAUGCCAUUUAUCUACAGCUAACUCUCUUCCCGUGCUCACUUCAGUCAUUAAUAGUGCGAAAAGAAGUUUAUCCAGUACAGAAAGCCUUCGCUUGAUUCCUUGCCCGUUUUGGAGCUUAAUUUUGCUUUCUGUAAGGCAUCAACAACAGCAACAGGACCUACAACACCAAAACCAACCACACCGGCUUACGAACCAAGCGUAAUCAUCACUGUCAGCUUCACCUUUUCUUGGGCACAAUUAUGUAGACACAUAGAAAACUUUCAAAAAGGGCUUGCUGAGGUACUCUUCGAAAAUAAAAACGGAAUUCCAUACAAGAUAGAUUACAAACGAAUACAUAUUAUCGACUCCGAGUGUCAUAAUGGUGGGUUUACGCGAAGUGCAGAGGAAGCUCAGCUUAAAUUCUACGUUACAGAAAAAGGUUCAGAUAAAGUUGACAAAGAAAUGACAACUAAAGCCUACGAACUUUUGGAUAACUACGUGAAAAAUAAUAAGAUGAGAGAACUUGUUAAGGAAUUUGAAGGAAAGGUGAAAUCAGUCAGCAUUGGUGGUCCUGAUGCUCCUACUCCCAAGACAGAGCCUUUGUUCAAUGAGAAUGAAAGAAUUGGUAUUGGUAUCGGUGUAGCUCUAAUUAUUGUAUUGAUCGUCACAGUAAUCUGUGUGUGUAGGGCAUCCACUAAGAAGAAAAAUUCAGGCCAGUCAAGGCUACAUCAAUUAGAAAACGAGGACCAAAUGCCCAUAGAUAGCCCUGAUGGCCCUACCUCCAACGGCAAGCGCACUCGCACCGAGGAGGUACAACUCACCGAAAUUUCGCGGGAAAACAAUCUAGAGGCGAACGCUUCCUCAGCGAUUGAAGACAAGAAAGAAGAAAUUUGCCCAUUAGCCGAGUCUGAGAAAUCAUCUAUUGUUGAAUUAGAGAUGGGGAAAAUAACUGAGGAUGUAAGGGGUACAGAGAAUCCUGCAUUUUUUGCAGAAGAAAAUGAAACAGAGCCAGUUGAAUCCAUUGUUCAAAACGCAGCAAUAGUAACGAGGGAGGAAAAGGCAGAAAACACUGAAAAAUACGUUACGGAGCAAGAAACGAAGGAAAAGGAAAAAGUAGGAGAGAUAGAGAAAGAAACAGUUGCAAUUGUGGGUGAAAAGAAGAAAGACGAAGAGGAGAAAGAAAAACAAGAAAAGGAAAAUGUCGAGCCUGCUGCGUCAAACUUGGGAUUUGAAGACAAAGAGGAAGAGGAGGAAGAUACGAAAUUAUAAAUGAUUUCAAGUAUUCGUUGUCCAGACGUCAAGUGGUUAUGAGAGCUGAAUUGACAAACGGUAAAGGGACAUCUUAAAGAGAAAAAGGCAAAUAAGUAGUCAGUAGUUGAGAAAAGCAGAAAGAAAAACAAGAUUCUAUAUAUCCAUGGCAAGUUGUAACCAUGUCUAGGUUUAUAUUCAUAUAGCGAAUGGGCUUCCUGUGUUGAAGAGAAGGAUUUUUUACCACAGGAUUUCAAUCACAAGUUGUUUUUAAUUUCUUAAACUAAAAUAAGCAAAAUUUUUCAUAACGAUGGAAAAUAUUUCAUUGGGGUUCAGAGAGAAGGGAACGCCCUUAUGGAGGGGGCGGGGGAGGAGUGUAAUAGCUUUGAAGUUUACUCAAAGCUCAAAAAAGAAGCUCCCACUUGAUGUGAUUGUUUUUCACAUCAAUAUGAGGAAAUUAUCCUACUUUUCCAGGAGUCAUUUCCAAACUUUUUAACGAUAACCCCUCCCUGAUUUCAUUGUAACGACCUCUCCCGUACCCUUUUAUACCAUUUCAGUCUUUUGAGAAAUAUAUUAAUAGCGUUUAAAGAGUUAGAUGUUUGAAAAUAAUAUCGUAUAACCGACAUAAGAUUAUAGUCUUAGCUAACAAUUGUCGUGGCUGAUUUAUUAUAGGAUAUAAAUAAAAUGCGCUAAUAAUCUAGAAAUUAGAACGAACCACAAAAUCGCUGGUACACGAUGGAUCAACAAUAUGAGAUCUGACUGGAUAUAUAAAGUUAAGCAAUUUAAGAAUACUAAUGAAAAUCCAGAACAUCGUAGUGAGAAAUGUGUUUAAUUUCGGCAAGCCAAGAAGAUGGCAAGCUUGCUGAAAAAUCGUUUUAUUUAAAACACAUUUCUAUCCACGAUGUACAGGAUUUUCAUUUAUUCUUAAUGAUCUAGAUAUAUAUAUUUUUCAAAUAAUAUACUUUUUAUACUUAUAGCAAUAAUAUUCUUCGAAAAAAUAGGAAAAGGAAUGCAAUAAAAAUAGCGUGCAUAACUUAAA